GCCCGCGAGUGAGUCGAGUGUGCGGCGUGUAGCGUGAAAGGAGGGUAGUAGUGCGCGGGUGAAUGAGCAUGGCGAUCGAUCGUGCUAAGAUUUUUUACCGGCUAUCGAAUAAUAAUCAUUCAAUCAUCUAAUAUCUAUUUAUAUUUACACCGAAAUCUCAUGUGUGUAUUGGAGACAUCUUAGUGGGUGCUAUUCUUGUCAAAUCUGUCACUCAUCUGACACCAAUGUGACUCCAAGUAUUUUUAUUGUUCAAAUAAUCCAGUGAACACUUGAGACAUUUGAUGUCUAGAGAUUAUUCCUCUCGAUUCUUGCGGCAGAAUUUUCAUUCAUGUCACGAUGCAUUUAUUUGGAUUUAUAUUCCAACGAAACAAGUCGAGAAUAAUCAGCAUGUACAAACUGUAGAAUUCACGCAUCAACAGGUGUUUUGUGGAUGAAAAUUCGCGCGCUAUUUUAUUCAAGAAGACGAAAAAAUGCUGAAGAAGAAUUAAGUCUUAACGAACGAUUCGUCACAUGUCAGGUUUGUUAGAGGAUUUAAAAACUUGUAACAGCAAUAGCCACAAGUAACAUCAUCAUCUGGACUGUCAAGAUUAUUAAAAAUAAGUGACACGGGUAUAAACAAGCGAUUCAAUGAAGAUUGAUAUUGAAAUAUUUAUUUUUUUAAUAAAUAUCUAAGCCAUUGUGUCUAUAAUAGUGACAAAGAGAAAAAAAAUCUUACGAAUUUUGUAAUUCCAUGGAAACAUCAAAAAUAAUAUCAGACUAGUUUUUUCUACACUUCAGGGUAUGAUGACUAAACUAAAUACCAAAAAGUCAAGAGUUGGGAGGCUGAGGAGUCAAGAUGACAUCUCCUAGUAGCCUCCCAUCGUUAGCAAGUGAUGAGUGAGAUCGAUAAAGGCAGCAAGCAGAGUCCGAUGACGUGGAAAAGAAUAGUUUAAGAAAUAAUGCAACGAGUGUGGUCGACUAUCGGAGACACUUUCCUUGGGCCUGGUGAGCCAGCUCGCACGUCACGAGUCACUGCGCGAAGAAAACUUUUUUUCGCCUUGACUCUGAUGUUAUCCUGGACCAAGUCCGUGGAGAUACAGAGUCACAUUCAAUCUCGCAUUUUUAUCUAAAAGCUUUCAUCCAAGCAAUUUUAUUUAUUUCUUUGUUCUUUAUAAAUAAAAUACAUUAAAAAAAUAAUCAUAUCCAAUAACAGGAGGAAUAAUUGAAAGAUGUUGGACAUAUUUCGUGGCUUAAAGAGCCUGAUAAAAGUAUCGCAUGUCCACAUCGAUACUCCUGUCUUUCGAUUACACUACAGCCUGACCGUGAUACUACUCAUUGCAUUUUCACUUAUCGUAACAACACGACAGUAUGUUGGCAAUCCAAUUGAUUGUAUACACAGUAAGGACUUACCAGAAGAUGUGUUGAACACGUACUGCUGGAUCCACAGCACCUACACCAUCACGUCUGCGUACAAGAAGAGGGAAGGGUCCGAAGUCGCAUUCCCUGGUGUCGCCAACUCUAGGCUGCAUCCUGAAAGUGAACGGAAAGAGUAUAGAUAUUAUCAGUGGGUCUGCUUCAUGCUAUUUUUGCAGGCGAUACUUUUUUACACACCACGAUGGUUAUGGAAGGGAUGGGAAGGCGGGAAGAUUCACGCCUUGAUGAUGGACCUCGACAUAGGUCUCUGCUCUGAGGUCGAGAAGAAGCAAAAGAAGAAAAUGCUUCUCGAUUAUCUGUGGGAAAAUCUACGCUACCACAACUGGUGGGCUUACCGAUAUUAUCUUUGCGAAGUGCUUGCUUUAGUGAACGUCAUUGGCCAGAUGUUCCUGAUGAACCGAUUUUUUGACGGUGCUUUCCUGACAUUUGGCAUCGACGUGUUGCGGUUUCUUGAGUCUGAUCAAGAAGAUCGCAUUGAUCCAAUGAUCUACGUCUUCCCUAGGAUGACAAAGUGCACUUUUUACAAAUACGGAGUGAGUGGUGAGGUCGAACGACAUGAUGCUGUGUGCAUACUUCCGUUGAAUGUCGUUAAUGAGAAAAUCUACGUCUUCCUGUGGUUCUGGUUCCUCUUUCUUGGCAUUCUUAGUCUAUUGACUGUUGUAUACAGAGUAGUCAUUAUUUUUUCCCCAAGAACGAGGGUCUACCUGCUGAGGCUGCGAUUUCGUUUAGUAAAAAGAGAUGCAAUAGAAACAAUAGUACGACGAAGCAAAGUCGGCGACUGGUUUCUUCUGUACAUGCUGGGCGAGAAUUUGGACACGGUCAUUUACCGAGACGUAAUGCACGAGUUGGCCAACAAACUGGCAACCAGGCAUCACCAUAACACUCCAGGAAUCAAGGGGGAACUCCAGGAAGCCUGAUGCACUGUUUCUUUCAUCGCUGGAUCCAUCGACCCAUCAAGGGACUUGAGUUAAUGAUUCUGAAUCCAAGAUGAUACCUAGUGAUUCGUAAGAAAGUGAAGCGAGUUUGGACUCUGUGUUAAAAGAUUGGAAAAUCAAUUCAAUUCAAAAGCAGAGGAACACUGCCAGAGCACUUUAGUGACGUUAUUGGGUUCAAAUAGCUAUCCAGGAUUGAUUACAGUGAAUGUCAAAGACAGAGACUAUUCCAACAAUUUAUAUAGAUGUAACACAUUCCUGUCAAUCAUUGUCCUGCGAUAGAUUCAUAUGCUAAUUUUAUUACGCAAGUGCCAAAUUAAAAGACGUGCCUUCUUCCGAUACGUGCAACGAAUAAAUGUGCUAUCGACUAUGUCAAGUGACAUCUAUUAUUUGUUCAAUUAUUUAUUUUUUCUAAUUCAUUUUUGAUGUUUAUUAUCAACUCUAGUCUUUUCUAGUCGUUAAAUUAUUUUAUUAUCAUUAUUAUAAUAAUUACCAUUAUAAUUGUUAUUAAUUAAAUACACCAAGGACUUAUACAUGCUGAAAGUUUCAUAAAUAGCUAGCAAGAUAAUUGAAAAAAGACAGCUUUAAUGACUUGCAGGAUUAGAUUCAAAAGAGAUUCUUGUACAUCUAUAUGAUAAUUACUACUGUUGUUUCUUCUUACACUUUUUUUUUUUUAAUCAACAUGGUACGGAGGACCAAAGAUAACUAAUAAUAUAAAUGGACUCUAAAAAUAGAGUGUUAAUAGUGCAAAAAAAAAUCCAUGACUAAGCCUUUGUAAUGUGUCUUACAUUCAAUUGUAUAAUGUAAUUGAUAAAAAAAAUGUAAAACAAAAGAGAGAAACUUGGUGAGAUGAAUUUUCAGAAGAAUAUAAAAUAGAGAUAAAUUCAGUGGUAUUGAAUAAAACAAACGGAGAGUAUAUAAAAAAAAGAUUUAAAAAAAAAAGAAAUGAUGUGUUGUAUGGAUUCUAGAUAUAUAUUUUUUUAUCCCUUUAUCAUUCCAUAAACCCAUCCUCAAAUUCUAUUCCUGGCAGC